AUGGCGGCCAUUCUUGAAACCCAAAACUUACGCAACACCUUGCUCUUUUUCUCCGUCUUCAUGGCAAUUAUAAUUGUUAUACUCAUCAACUGGGCUUUCUCCACUGGUGGACCAGCUUGGAAAAAUGGCAGGAACCAUAUGGGCCGUGCCUCAAUCCCCGGGCCUCGAGGCCUUCCCAUCUUUGGCAGCUUACUCAGCCUAAGCCACGGCUUGGCUCAUCGUACUCUCGCAUCCAUGGCUUUGAGCCAAGCCGCCUCAAUCCCCCUCAUGGCUUUCAGCUUGGGCUCGACACCAGCUGUCGUGGCCUCGGACCCACACACGGCCCAAGAGAUCCUAACCUCUCCUCACUUUGCCGACCGUCCGAUCAAACAGUCGGCUAAGCAGCUCAUGUUCAGUAGAGCCAUUGGGUUCGCGCCCAAUGGGCCAUACUGGCGGCUCUUAAGAAAGAUUGCCGCAUCACACCUGUUUGCACCAAAGCGCAUAAUAGCCCAUGAGCCUGGACGCCAGCUAGAUUGCGCUGCCAUGUUGAUUGCCAUAGCCCAAGAACAAUGUCUCCAUGGCGCUGUAGUUCUAAGAAAGCACCUUCAACUUGCUUCUCUGAACAGCAUAAUGGGACUCGUGUUCGGAAAAAAGUACGAUCCAAUGCACGAGUCUGACGCCAGAGAACUGCAUGAGAUUGUGAGAGAAGGGUUUGAGCUCUUAGGAGCUUUUAACUGGUCUGAUUAUCUUCCAUGGUUGAAGUACUUUAAUGAUCCUUAUCGUAUUCAUGAACGUUGUUCAGCUCUCGUUCCUCGAGUGAAAACCCUGGUUAAACAGAUUAUUGAAGAACACCAAUCUGGUAAACCCUCCAAGAUAUCGAAUGACUCUGAUUUUGUCGACAUUCUGCUGUGUUUGGAGGGUGAAGAGAAGCUCCAAGAGGAUGAUAUGGUGGCUAUUUUAUGGGUAAGUAUGUAUGUUAUUUUAAGUUAA